AGUGAAAGUGAAAGGCCCUUUUGGGAGAUUAUGGUUUCGUUAUUGAAGUAACAAAGAAUCUUGUUGGCUUAUUCUUAUUUGGGCUUAAGAGGAACACCAAAAAAGCUAUGCAGAGCUCAACGAUCUUCUUCUCUGGUGUUGGUGUUCCUCCUCCUUCUCUACGUGUCAGAUCAGUUUUGACUCCAGCAACCGAUCGAGGAGGUUCCAUGUCGACUUCCACUGGUGGUCCAAAGUGGGCUCAGAAAACCAUCACUCUUCCACCGCAACGCCGUGGAUGUCAUCUCAUCACUCCUAUGAUUGUGAAGGAAAUUGGACAAGAUCUGUCAGGUUUCAGUUGUGGUCUUGCUCAUGUCUUCUUACAACACACAAGUGCUUCUCUUACAAUCAAUGAGAACUAUGAUCCUGAUGUUCAGGCUGAUACUGAGACUUUCUUGAACUCCAUUGUUCCUGAGGGGAGGUCAGCUCCUUGGAGGCAUACCAUGGAAGGUCCAGAUGACAUGCCAGCUCAUAUCAAAUCAUCCAUGUUUGGAUGUCAGCUCACAAUCCCAAUAACAAAAGGAAAACUUGGCAUGGGAACUUGGCAGGGAAUAUGGUUAUGUGAACAUCGUGAUGCUCCAACAGCACGCAGAGUUGUGGUCACACUCAAUGGUAUCUAGAGAUGUCUCUUCAUGUUUAAAGGGCUUUAUAAUCCCGUGGAUUUGAUGGUCUUGUAAUGGAAGUUACCUUUUCUGUGAGACAAUGCUCUGCUAGUAAUGUUCACAUUGUGGUGUUUAUUGCAUCAAAAAUAUUACUUAAUCAUAAUACAGGUGAUAGUGCAAGAAAUAAC